GGAUAUAUUAAAUUAGAUCUAAAAAUGAUGAAAUAUGAGACAUUUGGUCAUAAGAAACUUCAUUGGUAACAAAGUGUUCUUGUGAAGGAGUGUUAGUGAAGCUUCUGUAACCCUCUGGUAUCUUUCCUUACAGCUCUUGGCUUUGUGAUAUGUAUUAGUUGGUCUGGCAACAAUUUAUCUCAACAGAGUGUGAUCAACUUCUGAAUAAAGAAUUGCUUUUUAAGUGUAAUUUUGUAUCAGUUGUUUCUAUCCGAAGCUAUCGAGCUGCUCAAGAACUUCUCUCUGGCAAUCUUAUGGUUGUGAUUAUCAAAGAAAUACUACUUAUAGCCUAUCUUAGAAUUGAUACUCAGCAAAUGUUGAAAUAUGCUAUAAUCAUAAUUUUCUGGAUACUUCCAAAUUUGUCUCUUAAACUGGAUUGAUUGAGAUACAUCCUUUGAAGUCAUUAGAAAAAGAUUUUAUUGGUUUUAAAGCAGGCAUGUCUCUCAGGACUUUUCCAUAGCAACUAGUCCGCUAGAGUAAACACUGAAGAUUCUUUAGACAGCAUGCUUUUAAUCUAGGCACCCAUGACUUCGAGUUUACUUUUAAAUGAUUUUUCAAAACCCAUCUUGCUUAUAUUUGCCUCUUUUGCUAUUUGUCUUGGAACUGGGUCAUACAUGUUAAUAAAACUAAGCUUUUAGGGAAUAAGAUUCUGGUCCACCCGAUUUGAAAAGAUCUGACAUGGAUUAAUGGCACGAACAAUACAUCUUAUCUUGCUAUAAAAGAUAAAAUUUCCUCAGGAAGCAGAUGCCAUUGUGUGGUGAUUAGUCAAAGCAUAAAGGGAUAUUAUGGUAGCUAAGAAUACUCUAAAGUUCUUUGUCAAGUCUGUUUUCAUGGAAAUUAUA